UCCGUACGAUCGCAUUUGGAGAGAGUGGACAUCAACACCACUCAGUCGAUGCAAUACGCCUCCAAUGACGAGUACAGGGUGCCGGUGGCCGUCAUGCAGACAGCGGUCACCCCCUCCGGCGUCGGCGGCGUCACGGACAUUGAAUUCUUCUGGGACUUCGCCGCCACCGGAUUUCGCUACAAUCAGUUCUACGCCAACUUCUACUUCUCCGAGUUCGACGCCCUCCUCCCCAAUCAGUCCAGGGCCUUCGACAUCUUUCUCAACGGCGAGAUCUGGGAAGCGAACUACACCCCUCACUACCUUGUGGCGGGAUUCGUCUGCAGUGUCGCCCCCAUCAAUCAAAACUAUACCUAUCAUUGGGAUAUCAAGCCCAACGACAGCUUCAACCUGCCUCCUAUCUUGAAUGCCGUGGAGGUGUUUUCCGCCAUGAAGCUCGAGAACGUGACGACCAAUGACGGAGAUGUUGAUGCCAUUAACGCCAUCAAGGCUCAAUACAAAGUGAAGAAGCAAUGGACAGGUGAUCCCUGUUCACCAGUAGAAUAUAGAUGGGCUGGUUUGAAUUGUAGCUAUAUUUCAGAGCCUCCGAGUAUCACAGCUGUAAAUCUGUCUUCUAGUGAACUAACUGGUGAAAUAUCCCCUUCCUUCAGUGAGCUUUCAGCAAUCAAUUAUCUGGAUCUAUCUUACAAUAACUUAACAGGAAUGAUACCUGAUGCAUUAGGAAAAUUGUCCCAUCUUAAAGUUCUAUAUUUCAUGCAAACCAACAUUAAUAAGACGAUACCUCCUUCACUUAGUAGAAGAGUGAAUGAUGGGCUGCUACAGAUUAUAUUUGAUGAUGUUCCUCCUCCAAGCUCAUCUCAUUCCCACAAUAAUAAGACCAUUAUCAUUGUGAUAUCAGUAAUUGGUGGGGGUUUUGUGCUACUAAUGGCUGUGGUAUUUGUUUGGCGGUGUAUGUGGAAACGUCAUCCAGGUUUAGUCCCUGAAUCUGGCAAAAAACAUCUUGAGGAAAAACAUAGUCUAUAUGAUAUGCCUCAUCCUCCACAGUCUCAUCCUCUGAGGGCAGACCCUCGUAUUAUGGCAUUUUCAUACACACAGUUGAUUGGCAUAACUAACAAUUUCGCUCGGAACAUUGGGAAAGGGGGAUUUGGAGUUGUAUUUCAUGGUUGUUUGGAAAAUGGAAAGCAAGUAGCUGUCAAGUUGCAUUCUCAAUCAUCACCACAGGGGGAAAAGCAAUUUGUUGCUGAGGUUCAGAAUUUGACAAGAAUUCAUCAUAAGAACCUGGUUGAAUUGAUUGGAUACUGCAUUGAUGGAGUAGGCUUGGCUCUUAUUUAUGAAUACAUGGCUCAGGGAAACCUUCAUGAUCAUUUGAUAGGUAAAGCUGGUAGAAUCUUGUCUUGGAGUGAACGACUCAAAAUUGCUAUUGGAGCUGCAGAAGGACUAGAGUAUCUGCAUCAUAAGUGCCUCCCACCAAUAAUUCAUAGAGAUGUGAAGCCAUCUAACAUUCUCUUGGGACCAGAUCUAGAGGCAAAGAUAGCUGACUUUGGAUUGUCCAAGGCUUACAGAGGUGAUAACGAGACUAAUGUGUCUACAAAUGUGGUUGGAACACCUGGAUAUGUUGAUCCUGAGUACCAUAACACUUUGCAGCUCACUGCCAAGAGUGAUGUAUAUGGUUUUGGGGUGCUUCUUUUUGAACUUUUAACGGGUCAAUUUCCUCUUGUACCGAGCUCAGGAAAGCCUCAUAUAGUGCAACGGGUGACCUCAAAGCUUGUCUACACGCCUAUAGAUGCCAUUAUGGAUCCAAGACUUGGAGGACAAUUUGAUGCCAAUUCUGCUUGGAAGGUCGAAGAGCUGGCAGAACAGUGCACACAAGCAUCAGGCAGCCGGAGACCAACAAUGACAAAGGUAAUACUUGAGCUGAAGGAUAGCUUGGAACUCGAAGUUGGUCGCCUAAAUAGUAAGCUCAAACACAGUGAAGAUAUUGACACAAGCCUAAUGAGUUCAUUUGAAAUUGAAGGAGACACACCGGGACCAUCUCUUCCAUUUGCAAGAUAAUUCUCGUCUAGUUUCACAUUCAGAUGUUGUGUUGUUUUAGUGUGGAAAAGUGAAGUUGUGGAGGAUGGAAUGAUUGCUAGUUUGGUUUGCUUUGGUUUGUCAUGAACAUUCUCGAUUAAGUUCUUUGUUAUUUGCCUUUAACACUCCCAGAAGGGUGAUUGUUGAUCUGUAACAAACUCCAUUUUCUCAGUACUAGUUCACACAAAUGAGCAUUAGUUCA